AGAGCGCCUAUGCCUCCGAAAGAGAAGGCUGUCAGGAUGGACACCCCACCCUCUGAAGAUCCACAGAACAAAAAACUGGGAAACCAGAAAGAGGAGAUGGAGUUUAAAGAGCUGGACGGUCUGAAGGAAGCCUUGGCAAACCUCCAGGGACUGUCUGAGAAGAGCGAGAAGGCGAUGCUUUGCUCCCGCAUUCAAGACCAGUCCCAGCUCAUCUGCAUCCUGAAGAGGAGGUCAGAUGAGGCCCUGGAGCGCUGCCAGAUCCUGGAGCUGCUCAACACAGAGCUGGAGCAGAAGAGGGUGCUGGAGGCUGAGAAGCUGAAAGCCAAGAACGAGCAUGCUCAGAAGCUGGAGGAGCGCUUUAUGACCCUGGCGGCCAACCACGAGUUGAUGAUCCGCUUCAAGGAUGAACACAAGAGUCACAACAUAAAGCUUAGGGAAGAGAACGAGAAGUUGAGGCUGGAGAAUGACAACCUCUUCAGCCAGGCUCUGAAGGACCAAGAGGCCAAAGUAUCGCAACUCACUGCCCGGAGUGAGGACCUCGCCAAAGAGCUGGAGACCCUGAAAGAGCAGUGUGCUCAGGAUGCCCGCCAGGCGCAGGCCCGGGAGCAGGGGCUGCUGGAGCUGCAGAGCCAGCAGGCCUGCGCCCACGCCAAGGGGACGGAGCAGCUGCGCAGCCAGCUGCGGAGCCUCAAGCGGCAGCUCUUGCAGGCCGUGGAGCAGGGGGCAAAGGCUGAGCGAACACACAGCAGCCUGAAUCAGGAGCUGCAGGCCAGGCUCCAGACAGUCACCCACGAGAAGGAGGAGCUGCUGCAGCUGUCCAUGGAGAGGGGCAAGGCGCUCCAGAGCAAGCAAGUGGAGAUCCGCCAGCUUGAGGAGAAGCUGGAGACAGCCGAGGUGGCCAGGAGGCACGCGCUGGAGCGCUUUGAGCAAGAGGCAGUGGCGGUGGACAGUGACUUGAGAGUCCGGGAGCUUCAGCGCAGAGUAGAUGGGAUCCAGAAGGCCUACGAUGACCUCAGGCUGCAGUCUGAAGCCUUCAAAAAGCACAGUCUGGAUCUUUUAAGCAAGGAGAGAGAACUCAACGCCAAACUCCGCCAUCUCUUCCUAUAAGGAAGCUUCCACUCCCCUGGGCCUCUAGUUUAGAAUUCACUUAGUAUUAUGGAGAGAGUACAUAGUACUCCCUCCAUUUAUUACACUUUCAAGCACAAAAGGCAACUCAAAGCAAAGCUACUUUACUAUGAUAUUUUUGUUACUAUCGUAAGGCUGACACUAAUUUUCAGUCCUAUCACCUGGAAUACACAAGAUUUACCAGAAUUCCUUCUGUGUCUUUGAAAUCUUCCUAAAUUUGCUAUCAGUAUCUCUACUUCUGCCAUACCUUACUCUUCUCAACCUCAGAUAUCUUCAUACAGCCUAAGAUUUUAAAUUAGCAUCUCCAGUGGAUUUAGGUGAAUAUUAAACAUGCAAUGAGAGGUGCUACUGUGAAAAAAUUUUGACAUAAUUAGCCCUUGUAGGUAGAUAGAUUUGUAGUCUCCUGGAGUUGAGACUGUAAAUGGUUAGGAGUUAACAGCAUCAUUAUAGCAAGGAUAAUUUGCAGAAAAAACCGUUUGAUUUUUGCAACCAGCAAAACAAUUGCUUGUUUCACUUGUUUUCCAGCAGCAGCCUUUUAAUUUUAUUUUAUUAGUACUAGCUUGGAAAACAAAGAUUGAGAUCAUUAAGUUCUUUCC